AUGUUGGCAAAGACACCAGCCGUAGACAUAAGGGAGAGCAAUAUCUCGUUUGAUUCACAACCUGAAUCAGUUCCUGAAGCAGUUCAUGAAUCAAUUUCUGUAUCAGAUCUUGAAUUAGUUCCUGAAGCAGUUCCUGAAUCAGUGUCUGUAUCCGAUUCUGUUAUGCCUUCAAAGGUUUUUUCAGAAACUGUUGCUGAUUCAGAUGAGUCCUUCGGCAAAGGAUAUUGUCAUAAGCGACCUUCCGUCAGAUUUCAAGACUAUGUUACCUAUAAUAUUUAA